AUCUGAUUCAAUUCAAUUUUAAAAGCUCCAUCCUUUAAUCUCAGUCAUUGGUUCAUCUAUAUCAUUCAAACCAACGGCUGAGAUCAAAUCUUCAUCUUCUCUAUUCUCCUGGCAGCGAACGGCGCAGGCCAGCGAGCAGCCGCGAAAACCAGCCGGAAACCGGGCGAGGACCUGAUCUGACAGGCGAGGCUCUUUCUCUCUUCUCCUCCGCUCCAGUGAGGACGACAACAACAAACAGCAGCUCCAGCUGCUCUGACCAGCGAGCAGCGAGCGGCAAGCAGACAACUCCGGCGAAGGCAAGGUAAUCACCGGCGAACCUCAUUGAAGACGACAACAACAACAGCGAGAUCCUCCGCAUCUCCAUUUCUCUCCUCUUCGGCGAAGUUCUAGUAAUCCAGGAAACUAGGAGUGAUCACGAUGGGACUUCUCAGCAUAAUCCGAAAGAUCAAGCGAAAAGAAAAGGAGAUGCGCAUCCUUAUGGUGGGUCUUGACAACUCUGGUAAGACAACAAUAGUGUUAAAAAUAAAUGGUGAAGACACAAGUGUCAUCAGUCCAACUCUUGGCUUCAACAUCAAAACCAUUACGUAUCAGAAGUAUACCCUCAAUAUAUGGGAUGUUGGGGGGCAGAAAACAAUACGGUCUUAUUGGAGAAACUACUUUGAGCAAACUGAUGGCUUGGUGUGGGUUGUGGAUAGUUCUGAUCUGAGAAGGCUAGAUGACUGCAGAUAUGAGCUACAUAAUCUUCUGAAGGAGGAGAGGCUAUCAGGAGCAUCAUUAUUGAUUUUUGCAAAUAAGCAGGACAUACAAGGUGCUCUUUCUCCGGAUGAAAUAGCCAAAGUGCUUAAUCUGGAGGCUAUGGACAACAGCAGGCACUGGCGAAUCGUGGGAUGUAGUGCAUACACAGGAGACGGGCUACUUGAGGGAUUUGAUUGGCUGGUACAAGACGUUGCAUCGCGAAUCUAUAUGCUUGAUUAAGUGAAAAUUUUACAUUAAGAUUUUGAUUCCUGCAAGAUGACAUUGUUAAGAUCUUUUGGAUAUACAACAUUUGUGCAUGUAAAGAUAAAGAAAAUCAUGCAAGUGGAAUUUUACUAGCUACUGCUCAAAAUGACCAUUUGUGAGGAAAUUCUUUUAAGACCUUUCCCAAUAUGCCAGUCUUUUGUUGUAAUUA